ACCAUGUGAGCCCCUGCCUCGGGAUCGUGGCCUCAGCAGAUCCUCCUGAAACCUCAGUUUAGGAGAGAAGGACCGAGGAUGUCCUCGAUGUUCGGCAAACCCCGAGCCGGCGGCGAGCGGCCGCCCCUGAGCCCCCUCCCCGAGUGCAACGUGGCCAUCCUGGGCUGCCGAGGGGCCGGCAAGUCAGCUCUCACCGUGAAGUUUCUAACCAAGAGGUUCAUAAGCGAAUAUGACCCAAACUUGGAGGACACCUACUCCUCGGAGGAGCUGGUGGACCAGCAGCCCGUGCUGCUGAAGGUGAUGGACACAGCCGACCAGGACGGCCCUGGGAACUGCGAGCGGUACCUGCGCUGGGCCAGCGCCUUCCUCGUCGUCUACAGCAUCGACGACAGGAGGAGCUUCGAGGGCUGCCGGGGCUACCUGGAGGUCCUGGCCCUGCACGCGAGGGGCUGCCAGCGCCGCUGCCCCGUGCUCCUGCUGGGCAACAAGCUGGACAUGGAGCAGUACAGGCAGGUGCCCGCAGCCGAGGGACUGGCGCUGGCAAACAGCUUCGGGUGCGUGUUCUGCGAGGUGUCGGCGUGCCAGGAGUUCUCGGCCGUGCAGCGCGUGUUCCACGAGGCCGUGCGGGAGGUGCGGCGGCGGGCAGAGCACAGCCUGCCGCUGCCCCUGCCCCUGCCCCUGGCCCUGCCCUCCCAGGAGCGGCCCUGCCCGCUGCUGCCCACGCCGCUGCCCCUGCCCGCCCGCCACGGCCUGGCCACCUGCACCUUCAACACCUUCUCCACCGUCAGCCUCAAGGAGAUGCCCUCGGUGGCCCAGGCCAAGCUGGUCACCGUCAAGUCCUCGCGGGCUCAGAGCAAGAGGAAAGCUCCCACACUCACCUUGUUGAAGGGCUUCAAGAUCUUUUAGGACUUGGCCCUGUGGGCUGUGGAGGAGGCAAUGAGAGACUCCUCCCAUCUCCCUGGCUCCAUGGGGGCUGAGACUACCUAGCACAGCUCUGCAGGGGCUAGAAGGCUAGAACACCGAGCACAGCCCCACAGCUCUGCAGGGGCUGAGACCACCUAGCACAGCUCUGCAGGGACUGGAACACCCAGCACAGCCCCACAGCUCUGCAGGGGCUCAGACCCACCACAGCCCCACAGCUCUGCAGGGGCUGAGACCCACCACAGCUCUGCAGGAGCUGGAACACCUACCACAGCCCCACAGCUCUGCAGGGGCUGAGACACCCACGGGAGCCCCACAGCCCCGCAGCAGCCACUGGCAGCGGGUGGCCCCGGUCCAUGUGUGGGACGGAGCCUGCCCUGGCCACUUGUCAAGUGAACAGGGUGGAAAGAGCCCGAAAUCAGCAGAGGCAUGACCCUGCCUGCUCCCAGCCCCUGUGCCCCUGCCUGGGGGCUGCCCUGGUGCUGUGUCUCUGUGCUGGCACCUCACUGGGACCAGCCAGGACCAGCCCACCUUUGCGGCUGCUGGAGCCACCACCACCACGGGCAGCAGCCAGAGGGCUGGGGCCAGCCCGGGGGUGCCCACCCAUGGGUGCCAGGGAGGGGAAGUUAGUCACUAAUGGAGCAUGGAGGGACCCAUCUCCUUCAUCUCACUGGUGCCCUGAGCAGUGAGGAGGAGUUGCCAUUGUUUCUAACCCAAAGGUGCAGCUUUGGUUUGAGGUGAUUAAAGGCCUCGGGUGUCCUGAAACCGAUCCCCAGAACUGAUGGGGCUUUUUACACCUGGAGGUUCCCUUGCAAGGAGAGAAGCUUCACAGACAAGGACAGGCUCUGCCUCAGAUGGAUGCACUCCCAAAAAUGGCUUGGUGGCCUCUGUGUGUGCCUGGGGAAGGCGUGAGGUGGGUCCUGGGGCUGGGCCACGCACCCACCAGGCUCUGUUGGGGUCAGCCUGGGAGCUGCAGCUGCUCUGGAGAGGGAAACCCCCUGUGUGUUUGUACCUAUCUCCAUCUAGAGAUGUCUGUGUUGCUGAGGGGGAGAGAGAUUCAACAGGGGAUUUCCAUCAACCCUAUUGGAA